AUUUCAAAGUAAAGGACAAUCCACAACUUCUCGUAUUUGCCCUCAGUUUGAUAAAUAACCUUUGUCCCUAUCCUUGCUUGCUUGCGCUUUCACAUUUGAUCGAUAAGAAGAAAUCCACCGUACCUCCGUACACCAAAAACCAAAAUACCUCGAGGACAAGAAACAGACCAGUUGUCCCACAAAUCCAAACGUCAAGGUACCACCGCUCAAACAAUCCCAGAUCCUAUUUGACCAUCGCCAAAAAAAAAACAAGUGGGAUUCUCAUCAAUCUUACCUACUUUUACUUGGAAAAAGAGGGAAAAGAUCAUCCGAAACGAAAGGCUACAAUUCCGUUUCAAACUUCCUAUCUUCCCAGUCUCUUCCCUUUUCUUCUCUCUUUCUUUUCUCAUAAUGUCACGAUCUUCUUUGGAAGAUAUUCAUAAUUAUCACCAUUCCUCUUCACCUGUAUCUCCACAAACAACUCCAUCGAGAUCUCCUUCACUACAACAACCACCGCACAAUCCUUCAAACUUCGCCCCAAAUUCAAACUCAAACCCAAACUCCAAUCAUUUAAUCUCGCACACUCAAGGAUCAUCUAUCGAAGAGAUUGGAAUGUCAAAUUCUUCUGCUUCAAUUUUACAUUCACGGCAAAACUAUGGGGAAGUGGAACCUGUGAGUCCGAUAAUAGAUAGUCCGCCAAUUCCUCCACCACAUCGAUCAUCACAAUCCAGUGAGGAAUCUAGGAUACGAAAUCAAAACAAUAACGCCAUGCCCGAAUAUUCAAACGUGACACCGGGAGUCGAUAAUUUUGGGAAUCAAGCCGCAGGUGGUAUCAACGGCGUUGCUAUGAGCGUCGCAAAUUCAAAUGCCAGGGAAAGUGGUGUGGAAACCGUGAGAGGUUAUGAUCCAACACAACCUUCAUACCAAGAGCCUCCAUUCCAACGUUCGUUUCCACGACAAGAUGCAUCAACAUCAUCUCUCACCCCUUUAAAUGCUGCUGCUUUCCCCACCGGAAUGUCAACUCCUUCUUCACGUUCAACUAUUUCUGGUCGAAAUCCUCCUUCAGAUCCAUAUUCCGACUCCCCUUACCCAUAUAAUCGAUACUCGAGGGCAAUUGACCCAGAACUUGUUGAAUUCGACCCUAACACAAUUGUAGACGACGGAGACGACGGUCUGGGAUAUAGACGAGCUAAUAGAUCUUCUGUGUUGAGUCUAACUAGAAUGUCAGAUAGCGGAACACGAACACCUCCAGGAGGGAAAGCUGCGGCAGGCGGAGUGAUAGGGACAUUAGGUGGACUUGUUGGAAAGAAGAAUGGGGAAAAUAUACAAUAUAAUAAUGUUACAAAUGCACAGAACGGAUAUAAUGGACCGGAAAAUUACGAUCUCAGCCUGGAAAAGAACGAAUGGUUAAGGAAACCACAGGGUGGUAACAAGAAGAUGAGAUUAUGGAUUGCUUUACUGGUUGUAUUUUUGUUAGUAGCGGCAAUCGUUGGAGGAGCUGUUGGUGGUACCCUUUCGGGAAAUGCAAAAUCAGGUUCAGAUUCAGGUACAACCGAGGCUUCGACCGCGAAGGGACAAUCCGCAUCAACGGAUGCUUCAAAAAAUGGCGAUCUUAGUAAGGAUUCGGCCGAGAUUCAAAAAUUAUUGAACAAUCCCGACUUGCACAAGGUUUUCCCUGGAAUCGACUAUACUCCUAUGUAUACCCAAUAUCCCGCUUGCUUGACUUAUCCAGCAAGUCAAAACAAUGUUACAAGAGAUGUUGCUGUCCUCUCACAACUCAGUAAUACCAUUCGUCUUUAUGGUACCGAUUGUAACCAAACGCAGAUGGUUUUACAUGCUAUUGAUCGAUUAGGUUUAAAUGGUACCGUUAAAGUUUGGUUAGGUGUUUGGCAGGAUUCAAACACCACUACUAAUACUCGUCAACUUGAGCAGCUCUACAACAUCUUCGAUGAACAUGGAUCAUCUUCAUUUGUCGGUGUCAUUGUUGGCAAUGAGGUUCUCUAUAGAAAAGAUAUGACUGCUACUGAGCUUAUCUCCAUCAUCGGAGAUGUUAAAGCUAACAUGACCUCCCGUGGUAUUGACCUCCCUAUUGCCUCUUCAGAUUUAGGAGACAAUUGGACGGCGGAACUCGCUAACGCUGUUGACUUUGUAAUGGCUAACAUUCAUCCAUUUUUCGCUGGUGUCACUGCCGAACAAGGUGCUAGUUGGACAUGGGACUUUUGGCAAAAUCAUGAUGUGGCCUUUAAAACCAAUACAUCGCAAAAUAUUAUCUCGGAAACUGGAUGGCCCUCACAAGGUGGUACCGAUUGUGGUGGUGCUACUACAUGUGCUGAGGGUAGUGUAGCAGGAAUAACGGAACUGAAUACAUUUAUGGAAAAUUGGGUCUGUGAUGCCAUUAAAAAUGGAACGAAUUAUUUUUGGUUCGAGGCAUUUGAUGAACCAUGGAAGAUUCAAUAUAAUUCAGGAGAUGAAAAUUGGGAAGAUCAUUGGGGUAUUAUGGAUGUCAAUAGAGUAUUGAAGGAUGGAGUGAAGAUUCCUGAUUGUGGAGGGACGACGGUUUCGUGAUGAACGCGUUCAAAAAUCAAUUUGUGAUUAAUGAUUGGGGAAGUAUGAUGAGUUAUAUCAUAUGGCAUGGUAUUGAAUGAUGGACAUUUUGGUGGAGUAAUUUCUUUACGUUUUUUUGGUACGGCGGAAUUUCUAUAGGCGUUUUUACGGGAGAGCGAAAUUUUUCACAUGAUAUAAGAUGAGAUGGACUUAUCCAGAUAUCUUAUGGAAUGGGAUGGGAUGGAAUGGAUAUGUUAGGGCCUUGUACAUAAUGAGUUAUUAUUUAUAUGAGGGAUGGAUGGGUUGAUUGGUUUUCAUCGACUCGAAGGGAAGGGAACUGGAUGGAUAGCAUGAGAAUGAUGGAUGGAUGGAUGAAUGGAUGGAUGAAGUAGGGGUGAAAGAAAUGGAUAUGAAAAUGGAAGGGAAGGACAAAGGAAAUGGAAAUAGAAGUGAUGUGUGAGAGAGAGAAAAUUAUAAUAAGAUACCUACCUACUUCUUGUCUUUAUGUGUU